CCCAGCUGUCAGGGGUUGCGAUCUACCUCCGGGAAUCCUGGCAACCAUUCACGCACACGCCACGGACGGAAGGAGAAGCACAGCUAGGACUGGGGUGGAGGAAAGGCUGUGACCGCGGAGCUCCCCCAACACAGGAGUUCAGGUGCUGCCUCCCUUCUGGCGCUGGGCAAGCAAGCGGCACUCGGGACUCAGGCGGGAAGAGCGCAGCCAUUGCGCUCGCCGGAUCGGAGCGGUUACAAAAUAUAGAUUGAUAUCGCCAUGACUUCAACCUUGCUCUGCAGCCUGUUACUUCUGCUGGCCUGCAGGCUAGCUUUGACUUUCAGUCACAGUGCUAGGAGCCCAGAUAGAGUUUCUGAAGCUGACAUCCAAAGACUUCUGCAUGGCGUGAUGGAACAGUUGGGCAUUGCAAGACCCAGAGUUGAAUAUCCAGCACAUCAAGCAAUGAAUCUCAUAGGCCCACAGAAUAUUGAAGGUGGUGCCCAUGAAGGUCUGCAGCAUUUGGGUCCUUAUGGAAAUAUUCCAAAUAUUGUAGCUGAGUUGACAGGUGAUAAUAUACCAAAGGAUUUCAGUGAAGAUCAGGGAUAUCCGGAUCCUCCAAAUCCUUGCCCAAUUGGAAAAACAGUUGAUGAUGGAUGUCUUGAAAACACACCAGACACAGCAGAGUUCAGCAAAGACUACCAACUUCAUCAGCAUCUUUUUGAUCCGGAACAUGACUACCCGAGCAUAAGUAAAUGGAAUAAGAAUUUACUCUUUGAGAAAAUGAAGGGUGAACCGAAAAGAAAAAAAAGGAAUGUAAAUCCAUAUCUUCAGGGACAAAGAUUGGACAACGUUGUGGCAAAGAAGUCUGUUCCACAUUUUUCAGAUGAAGAAAAAGACACUGCAGAAACUGAAUGAAGAUUCAUGGAUGGCUUGAGUACUAAUUAUAUAAAAAGUGAUUCAAAUAUUCAUAGUAGCUGCAUGUUUAUUACCUAUAUAAAUGUUGCUGGAAAGCAGCUGGAUUUAUAUUUCUUCUACAUCUUCAGCAAAUUGGUAUUUUCCAGAUAUGUUGGGCAAUGACUCCCAGAAUCAUCAAGCAUGCCGGUGGGAGUUAUAAUCCAAUAUAUCUGGCGGCCUUCAGAUUUGGGUGGCUGUCCUAGCUACCUGACUAUUCAGUUCUGCUUCUUGUUAAGUUAUAAUAAUAGAAUCUUCUUGUUUUGCUUUGGAUCUGAUUUUAAUCAUUAAUAAAUUUUGAUCAUUGUGAGAUAAAUUGGUGUUAAGAAAUAAGUCUUUAAAGCGUUGGCAAAGUUUAAAGAUUUUCCAGUUCUUGUAUGCUUUCACAUGAUAUUAAGCUUGCUGUUUGGAAACAAUUAUUUCACCUCUUUCUGUUUGUAAAUAAUAACAUAAAACACAAUAAAUAUCUAGAUACUUGCUGUUAGUGAAAGCAAUAUUUUCAUGGAAAUACAUUAUGUUUCAGAAAAUUAUCAAUCAAAUGAUUUGAUCAAAUUAUAGGCAAAUUAUAAAUGUUAUUUCUAAAGAGGUCUAUGUGAUUAAACAUUUUAGCCAGAAGGUAAGAUAAUUAUACACUCAGCUACAAGGAAAUGCUGUCUCAGCUAAGUGCACAGACCUAAUUAAUCACGCAUACUAUUGUAACUAUCUGUUUUUGAAUGAUGAAUUAUAACCUGUGCACCUACCAUAUCUGGAUUGGAAAAUUCUGCAUUACCACUAGAUGUGUAUAAAGUGAUAUAUAAAACACUAAUUGCUGCCAUCUAUUGCUUGCCUGGAUUUCUGCAGCUCACAUAUGGCAAGCCACUGUAGUAACCUGUCACAGUGGCAAACUGCAAUGUUAAAUAAGCCUUCCUUUUAAUAUUACCUUUCCAUCUUAUUCAAAUAGAAUCUUUCCCUUCAAUAAACCAUGAGAAGGAAUACCUUUGUCAUGAGAUAGAUUUAAGGACAUCUAAGCGGUCAGCCAGAAUGAUAUACCUGAUCAUUAUGAUAUACAUGAUCUGGUUACUGAUUUUGUGGAUUUUUUUCUCUCUCAAAAGUAUAUAGUAGACAUUUUAGAUUCCUCCUACUCUUGUUCAUUUCAGAGAAAUAAAGAGAAAUCCUG